UAAACAUUCAGAAUAUUUAGAGAAGAAGCAAAGAAAAAAGUUCCUCCAGUAAAGACUUAACAAUGGAAUCUUCUGCAGUACGACAGGAAACAUUCGAUUGCUCUGAAUAUGGAAAUAGAUCUUGCCCAGAAAAUGAAAGGUCUCUGGGUGUCCGAGUGGCUAUGUAUUCAUUUAUGGCAGGAGCCAUAUUCAUCACAAUAUUUGGCAAUCUUGCCAUGAUAAUUUCCAUUUCCUACUUCAGGCAGCUUCACACACCAACCAACUUCCUCAUCCUCUCCAUGGCCAUCACUGAUUUCCUCCUGGGAUUCACCAUCAUGCCAUAUAGUAUGAUCAGAUCGGUGGAGAACUGCUGGUAUUUUGGGCUUACAUUUUGCAAGAUUCAUUAUAGUUUUGACCUGAUGCUUAGCAUAACGUCCAUUUUCCAUCUUUGCUCAGUGGCCAUUGACAGAUUUUAUGCCAUCUGUUACCCAUUACGCUAUUCCACCAAAAUAACUAUUCCAGUCAUUAAAAGAUUGCUACUUCUCUGCUGGUCGGUCCCUGGAGCAUUUGCCUUUGGGGUGGUCUUCUCAGAGGCCUAUGCAGAUGGAAUAGAGGGCUAUGAUAUCUUGGUUGCUUGCUCCAAUUCCUGCCCAGUGAUGUUCAACAAGCUAUGGGGGACCACCUUGUUUAUGGCAGGUUUCUUCACUCCUGGGUCUAUGAUGGUGGGGAUUUAUGGCAAAAUUUUUGCAGUAUCCAGGAAAUAUGCUCAUGCCAUCAAUAAAUUGCCAGAAAAUCAAAAUAAUCAAGUGAAGAAAGACAAAAAAGCUGCCAAAACUUUAGGAAUAGUGAUGGGUGUUUUCUUAUUAUGUUGGUUUCCUUGUUUCUUCACAAUUUUAUUGGAUCCCUUUCUGAACUUCUCUACUCCUGUAGUUUUGUUUGAUGCCUUGACAUGGUUUGGCUAUUUUAACUCCACAUGUAAUCCCUUAAUAUAUGGCUUCUUCUAUCCCUGGUUUCGCAGAGCACUGAAGUACAUUUUGCUAGGUAAAAUUUUCAGCUCACGUUUCCAUAGUACAAAUUUGUGUAUACAGAAAGAAAGUGAGUAGAUUUAUUCUGCAUGAAUAAAUUGAAGCAAAAAGACUAGAACUUAGAAGAAUGAAGUUGUUUAAAAUGUGCGUUUGUGUGCACGUGUGUAUUAUUUUAGCUAUCAUAGAAAGUUCUUGGUUUCUAAGAUAAGAUAAAAAAAAAAGGAAGCUUCUCUUUGAGCCAAAAAUCCCUCCAAUAGUUUUCAGAAUUCUUUACACACCCAUUACUUCCUGGUAGAGAGAAAACAAAAGAAAAUCAGAAAAGCAUAGAGAACAUGGGGGAAAGCCAGAGAUGGAAAGGGUAAGACACACAAAAGCUUUUAUAAUGUUCAAAAGGGAUCAAAACAUAGGCUGAGCUUGAGAACUGCUUGUGCCUCUCCCCACCACAGACGAUUUGUGUGAUAUUCCCAUUCCUAUUUGUUCCUCAGUGCCUUAUCAGAUGUACUUUGAAACAUCAACAACUAAAAAUGGUAGGUAAGUAAAUAUAGAAAUAACAAUUUUAAAAACCCGUAUUCUUCCAGGAAUCAGUUAUAUGUUAGCUGAGAGUUAAGGCUGUACUAGAUUCUGCUGUUGUGAGAACAAAUGUUUCUUAGCCAAAAGAAGAAAUAGCAAACUGAGUAACUGGGGCCAUGGGCUCCAGGUGGGUUUUCAUUCAGGAGCCAUCUAAAUCAGAACAGAUGAUUUCCAUGUUACUUGCAGUAGAACUCUGUUCAGUGUCCUCCUUUCCUCUAUAGGCUCAUCCACAUUCUGUGUUGCUAUUUGGUGUUCUGGUGUUUAAUAAAUGUGGA